AUGUUUGAAGCGAAACUGGGAAAUGCUGCUUUAUUGAAGAAAAUCAUUGAUUCGAUCAAGGAUCUCGUUAAUGAUGCACCCUUUGACUGUAGCGAAAAUGCCGUUUGUCUUCAGGCAAUGGAUUCAUCUCAUGUUGCUUUGGUUUCGUUAAAAUUGGAAGUUGGGCUUUUCGAAAGUUAUCGCUGUGACCGAACGAUUAAUUUGGGUUUGAGUCUUGCUAGUAUGGCAAAAGCGCUAAAAUGUGCCAACAAUGACGACACUUGUAUGAUUCGUUAUGAAGAAAGCGAUGGUGAUUCAAUUGUUUUCAUUUUUGAAGAUGUCAAAAGGGAAAAGAAGCAAGAGAUUACUGUGAAGAUGAUGGAUAUUGAUAGUGAACAUCUUGGUAUUCCUGAUCAAGAAUAUUCUGCUGUUAUAACUAUGCCUUCUCUUGAAUUUCAGAAGACCUGUCGCGACCUCGCUCUGUUUUCCGACUCGUUAUUAAUUACUGUAACUAAAUCAGGUGUUGUCUUUACCGGAAAAGGUGAUACGGGUUCAUCGGUGGUCACAUAUUCGCCCACGAGUGGUGUUGAUGAUGAAAAAGAGGCUGUGCUGAUAGAUGUUAAGGAACCAGUUAAUAUUAAUUUUUCUAUAAAAUAUAUGAAUCAUUUCACGAAAGCCACUAGUCUUUCACCAAAGGUGAAACUUUCUUUAUGCAAUGAUAUCCCUAUAGUGGUUGAAUACGAGUUGGAAGAGCAUGGUCAUCUUCGAUUUUAUCUCGCACCAAAGAUUGAUGAUGAUGAGGGAAUGAGAGAUUGA